CCGUCAUCACUCGCCCUUCAACAUUGUGAUAAGCAAGCUACUACAAGGCAAGAUUCCCGUUGCAUUAUUCGAUCAGGCGAACAAUCAAGAUGAUUUAUUCACUGUUGCUCCUCGCAAGCCUUGCGCUCUCUGCACUGGUACAAGGGUACACACCUGCUCCUGUCACCACAAACAAUCCGUUCCCGGACGUCUAUACUGCAACAUUGUUCGAUAGCCCUUCAAGCUCAAUCCGAGGCAGUAUCACUGUAAUUGCUGGUCCAGGUGGUGUUGGCUUGUCUUUCUCUGUCCAUUUCACUGGACUACCUCCCGAUCUUGGACCUUUCCCUUAUCACAUUCACGUCUUGCCCGUACCAGCAGGCGGUAAUUGUACUGCCGCUGGGGGCCACUUGGACCCCUAUAAUCGUGGGGACGAACCUCCUUGCGACCCAAGUGACCCCGCUACUUGCGAAGUUGGUGAUCUUAGUGGGAAACAUGGAAAUGCUACUGGAUCUGUUUUCUCUACCGGGUACAUAGACAAAUAUUUGUCUACUGUCCCUAGUGACCCUGCUUUCAUUGGCAGGAGAUCCAUUGUUGUGCAUUCUUCUAACGGGGCGCGCCUGAACUGUGGAAAUUUUCAGCUUAUAUCAGGCGCACAGGAGGCUGUUACUCGUGGGACCCUGGGUGUCAUAAAUGAAACAUUUAGUGCACCUGAGACUUUUACAACAAAGACAACGACGAGUCGCUCCACUGCCAUAAAGGCUACGACCUCUCACCCAACCUCCACGAAGACCACUACUACAUUCCCCACUCGAACCUCGACUCAUACCACCGGCUCUUAGUACUAAGCAUUGCCGUGUGCCAGUGCUUAAAAUCCUAUGAAAGCUAUUGAAGCUUUAGGUUCAGUUAAGACUACCUAGGUAGACGAGGGUUUCUGAGGCUGAGGCUGAGCGAAAUAUUUUAUACUGGAUUCAAACUCAUUCGCCUGAUUGAUACUAUAGGGUACUACAACCAAUGCUAAUCCCAUGAAUCGAGAUCAAUUAUGAUAACCUC